AUGGAUCACAUGACACAUUCAUCGAAUUUACAUUGGAGUAGUUAUGGCACGACACCGGACACUUCCACAAAUGUUGGACCAUCGCAAACCACACAUUCGAGACCGGUUACACGCUGGACGAAUAAUUCUUCGUCCCGUGGAUCAAAACGGGCUAUUUCUGAAAGUGAUUGUGAUGAUGUGUAUUCCGAAGAAUCUUCGAAAGAUCCAUGUACGUCUCCUGGCGAUUCAAGCAGUUGCUAUCAAAUGCUAUCACGUAAAAAGCGUCGAGGUGUAAUAGAGAAAAAACGUCGGGAUCGUAUCAACACAUCCUUAACGGAACUAAAACGUUUGGUACCUACCGCAUACGAAAAACAAGGAUCUGCAAAAUUAGAAAAAGCUGAAAUAUUACAAAUGACUGUUGAUCAUUUAAAAAUGCUACACGCAAAAGGAUUAGAUAAUUUGGCAUAUGAUCCGCAUAAAUUCGCCAUGGAUUAUCACAUAAUUGGUUUUCGUGAGUGUGCCUCAGAAGUUGCUCGAUAUCUAGUCACAAUUGAAGGUAUGGAUAUUCAAGAUCCAUUACGACUUCGUUUAAUGUCACAUUUGCAGUGUUUUGUGACACAACGGGAACUUGCUUCGAAACAAGCGCAUGCUACGUCUCCCGGUACAACGUCUACAUGGAAUUAUCCACCACCUCCAACAAAUCAUCAUCCGUCACCUGGGGCUGCUUUAGCUUCAAAUCCAUCUGUUGGGGCACAACAUUACCCCGGAGCUCCUGCACCUCCCGUCGCGAAUCCUGUAAAUUUACUUCAUCAUCACAGCUCGCCUUCGACAGCGAUACACCAUCAUUCCACGCAAGGUAUCCAUCCUCCAAAUGAUCCAAAUCUUCCACAUCAUUACGGAGACUAUUUAUCGGCUGGUGUUCCCAGACAACCUUCAGCCAUUGGUUCCUCAUAUACGACAAGUACUUUAACACCUUUGACAUCGACUGCCAUAGCAACAACUAGUCCAUCUUCGUCUGCGUCUACCUUAGGGUACCAUCAUACACCCCAGUACCAUAAUUUAAAUUCCUACCCAACUUCAACUCCAUCUAGUAUUAGUAAUUAUAACCAGAAUAACACACAAUCGAAUAUGAAACCAUAUCGGCCUUGGGGUGCCGAGGUUGCAUAUUAAACUUAAAACGUUCCUUCUCUAAAA